GAUGUUUGGGGGAUCACCUCCACGACAAGGACCUUACCCUGCAAGAUUGCGCUCGCAUGGACACGCAAUUGUCAAAUUCGCAAGACCGCCAUCAAGCAAACGCUCGUACUCGGAGACCGAGCAGUAUCUCCGACCAGAAGAAUGUCCGACCGCGCUCUCAACAGCAGGUAUAUAAAACCAUCACAUCUCCUGGUGAAUGGAGGGAUCAGAACCAGCAAUUUCCCAUACUCUCCAAGCUCCAAAUCUCAUCCUGCUUUAUUUCAAUUAAAAGUACCCAUUCUUGAAUCCCAGAUCACCUAUCUCAUACCCAACAGCUAUGUCCAUUUCCACCAGCAACGCCGCAGCUUGGCUCACAGCCGCUAAAGCCCACCCCUUCGAGGUCAAGGAGGCACCUCUCUGGAAGCCCGAAGAAAACGAAGUCCUUGUGCGGAACCAUGCUGUCGCCAUCAACCCCGUCGACAACAGUCUCCAGACCAGAGCCUGGUGGCCCAUGAAUUACCCCACGAUGCUGGGUCAGGAUGUGGCCGGGGAAGUCAUCGCUGUGGGUCCAAACGUCACUCGCUUCAAGCCUGGUGAUCGUGUGUUUGGCCACGCAGUUGGCAUGGCCACCAAGCGCAACCAGGACAACGCCUUCCAGGCUCACACCAUCUUGCAGAUCAACAUGGCCAGUGAACUUCCUGACAACAUCCCGUACGAAAACGCUGCAGUCCUUCCUCUGGCAUUCUCAACUGCUUGCUGCGGUCUCUUCCAGGACGAGUUCCUGAAGAUGCAGUUGCCCACUGAGCCCCGUGCCUCGCUCACAGGAAAGACGCUCCUUGUCUGGGGAGGCGCAAGCUGUGUGGGCAGCAAUGCAAUUCAACUUGCCGUGGCGGCUGGGUACGAAGUGAUCACCACGGCAUCGCCUAAGAACUUUGACUAUGUGAAGAAGCUUGGAGCUAUCCAGGUGUUCAAUUACAGCAGUCCCACAGUUACCGAGGAUCUUAUCCAAGCUCUGCAGGGCAAGACACUUGUCGGUGUUAUGGACUGCAUCGGUUUCUCAGCCACUCCACUCUGUGCGGAAGUUGUGAGCAAGACCGAAGGAACCAAAUUUGUGGCAACAGUUCAGGGUCGCUUCCCUGCACCACCAGAGGGAGUCAGUGUGAAGCAAGUGUUUGGAACAACUAUCAAGGACAACUUUGUGGGGAAAGCUGUAUAUGAGGACUUCUUGCCCCAUGCACUGAGGGCCAGUACGUUCAUCCCUGCUCCUGCGCCCCUGGUUGUAGGGAACGGCCUGGAGAGUAUUCAGACGGCAGUGGACCGUUAUGGCCAAGGUGGCAUAUCUGCGCAGAAACUUGUCGUUUUGCUUUGAACCUGUGAGAGUCUCCACUGCCCGAGCGGUUGUCCUAAAGCUGUGUCAUGGACUUGGGUGAUUGAAGGUGAAGACGAUACGUCUGCUUUUUGUACAUCUAGAAUACAUAGAGAAU